AAGCAUGUUGCCUUCUCAAGGAGUCCUCCUGCAUCCCUAUGGCGUGCCUAUGAUUGUUCCAGCAGCCCCCUACUUCCCCGGACUGAUCCAGCUGCUCGUCACUCCAUUGGUUACUCUCCGUACAAUAUUUCUACUAGAAUAUUUCUACUACCACUCCAAACCAUCUUGGAAAGACGGAAACUGAGGCUCAGCCAAGUUAAAUACCUGCCCCAGCUCUCAGUGCUGGGAUAUGGCAGAUCUGGGGUUGCUGAGCUCUGCCGGCCAGGACCCUGCCAUUAUGUGUGACUCUGGUGCUGUCUCCCCAUCCUCUGUGGGGGACCCGCCUCGUCUCUGCCCCAAGCAGAAGGCUAACGCAGUUUUGUGCUGCUGUCAUUUCUCAUCAGCUCUCCGACCUCUGCCUGGCAGCCCUCUGUCAAGAGGUCUCAUUCCCCGUGGAAGGCUUGUUCCUCCGGGAGAAGAUCAAAACGGAAGAAAGUCUUGGAUUCAAAAGAGGGAAAAAGAGAAAAUCAAGCCAAGGCAAGUACAGGAGGUUGCGCAGGCCUACGGAGCUCGGCAGGCAGUUUAUGGACAUUGUCUCCAGGGUAAUCAGGAAGCAGCAGCUGCCCCUGACACAAUGGCUCAGCCUUACGCUUCGGCCCAGUUUGCCCCCCCUCAAAACGGCAUCCCCGCGGAAUACACGGCCCCUCAUCCCCACCCCGCGCCAGAGUACACGGGCCAGACCACCGUUCCCGAGCACACGUUAAACCUGUACCCUCCCGCGCAGUCGCACUCGGAGCAGAGCGCAGCGGACACAAGCGCGCACACCGUCUCGGGCACCGCCACACAGACAGAUGAUGCGGCGCCCACGGAUGGUCAGCCCCAGACACAACCUUCCGAAAAUACGGAAAACAAGUCCCAGCCCAAGAGGCUGCACGUCUCCAACAUCCCCUUCAGGUUCCGGGAUCCCGACCUCCGACAAAUGUUUGGCCAAUUUGGUAAAAUCUUAGAUGUUGAAAUUAUUUUUAAUGAGCGAGGCUCAAAGGGAUUUGGUUUCGUAACUUUCGAAAAUAGUGCCGAUGCGGACAGGGCGAGGGAGAAAUUACACGGCACCGUGGUAGAGGGCCGUAAAAUCGAGGUAAAUAAUGCCACAGCACGUGUAAUGACAAAUAAAAAGACUGUCAACCCUUAUACAAAUGGCUGGAAAUUGAAUCCAGUUGUGGGUGCAGUGUACAGUCCCGAAUUCUAUGCAGGCACCGUGCUGUUGUGCCAGGCAAACCAGGAGGGAUCUUCCAUGUACAGUGCCCCCAGUUCACUUGUAUAUACCUCCGCAACUCAUGGAACGGGAGUUCCCUCAAGGGGAAUCCUGCAGAACCGUGAACCUGCUGUUGAAACCGCGUCUGCACCCCCAGAAUUGUUGCCCGGCUUCCCGUAUCCAGCCGCCACCGCCGCGGCCGCCUACCGAGGGGCGCACCUGCGAGGCCGCGGCCGCACCGUGUACAACACCUUCCGGGCCGCGGCGCCCCCGCCCCCGAUCCCGGCCUACGGCGGGUCAGAGCGCCAUCGUUCCCCUCCUCCGCAGCGGCUCUCGCGGCUGCCACCUCACAUCAGUGUACCUGGCUUUGUGCCUCCCUGUAAGCCCCCUGAGGGCAGCCUUAGCUGAUGGACUUGCCCUGAGCCUCAGCAUGGUGGUUGGAGUGCAGUAAACAUUUCAACAGCAGAGCAAUAGGGCUCAUCAGUCAGUUUGUUUGAGUCUGUUCAAAUGAGACGCCAGAUCACGUUCCCUUUGGUUCUCUGUCUUGUAAACGUGGGAUGUCAGAUUCCCUGAGUAAUUUUCCGUGGUCCGUGGUGGAGGGCAGAGCAUGGCAGCCAGGUCACCCGGCUGAACAAGCCUAAGGCAAACAUCGGGGCCUGUUCCUGACUCAUUUCUGGGAGCUGUUGGUACCAAGAGGCUUGCGGUGGAGGCAUGCAGCUGGCCACAGUGCGCAAGAGCUUGUCCUGAUGAAAGAAGGGGCCCUUUUCUCAGCCAGAGCUCUGCCUCAGCCACUCCUGGUCCUGUGCCCCCUGGAGCAGCCCCCAAUGUCUGCUCCAUUAUUCACAGAAGAGCAGACACAGAUGGGGUCCCCCUCUACAAAUAUUUCGAGAAAGGCAUCCCUUCCCAUAUUUGAAUGUGUAUUAAUGUUUGGUUAAAUAUUAAUAUAUUGUUCACAUGUACAUCACAUUCUGUCUAGCCUCUUGCACUGGUAUCCUAAGUCCGGGUCCAGGUUUUUGGGGUUUUAUUGUUUGUUUGUUUGUUUUUGACCUCACCGCGUGGCUUGAGGGAUCUUAGUUCCCCGACCAGGGAUCGAGCCCAUGCCCCCUGCAAUGGAAGCGCGGAGCCCUAACCACUGGACCGCCAGGGAAGUCCCAGGGUCCGGUUUUCGAAUCUUACCCCCCUCCCCCAUUGACAGUAGCCAUUGUUGCUGAAUAACCAGAUGAAGAUUCUACCUAGAAUUGCUCUGUGUCACCUUCUGUCACCUACUAAUGGCCAACCCCCCCCCCCUUUAAACUAUGGGCAAUAUUCACUCAAUAGAUAUUUACUUACAUCUUCAGUGUGAAAAGCAAUGUGUUGGCCAUCAAGUGGGAUAGAAUGUCGAGUAAGCUAUCGGGUGCAACUUUCAGGGCGAAAUGAGCUGCCUACACCAAUGCCUUUAAUAUUUGACCAAUAUUUAAAAUUGUUGGACCAAGUGGGAAUUCGAGGAUUGGAAAACGUGAUGCUGGUGUUCACAGGAAGGAGGAAAAACUCCGCUUGGGGUGGGCACUGGAUAAAGCUCAUAGCGAUGUGAUAUUUAAUUAGAACUUUGUUGGCAACUACCUUGCUCAUCACUUUGCACACAUCACCUAACUCAGUCCUCCCUUGACGCGGGCACUUACCUCUUUCCCCAUUUCACAGAUGAAGAAGUGAAGCUCAGAUAGCUUAGGUCAUUCGUCCCAGGGCCCAUAGCUGCUGACUGCUGAGGCUGUGACCCAGAUGCCCGUGUGUUUCCUCUCUAACUUGGCUCUUGAAUGGUGCUCUGCUUUUGGAUGAGGUUAUCAGGAGAUAAGGCUUCCCUGGCACAAGGACCAGCACUUGCAAGGGCGUGAUGUCAGUGGAGGAAUGGACAGCGUGACGUCUUGGAGGAAUGGACAGCGCUGUUCUGAUCUGGCUGAAUGAUCAGCUCUGGGCCCAGUCUCGUUGGCAGAGGCCAGCCCUGCCUUCUGACCCCCAACAGGCAGUAUCUUUUUAUGUUGGAAAUGUUGAAAGAGAAAUCAAAGCCUAGCUCAGGAUGCCACUUACCUCUGUAUCUCGGAUUAGGGUUUGACGCUGCUUGACAAGUGCUCUUGUGAACCGGAGCCCCUUUUCGAUCCAAAUAAAAACAGCUGAAAGCGAUUCCUACUGACCUCCUUAGCAUGUGAAAUCCCUGCCCCGUUUUUAAAGAUGAUGGUACUUGGGGUUAGCCAAUCAACUCUGAAAAGCUCUGAGAAGCACACUGCAGUGUUCUCCAGCAAACCAGUGUCACUGCCGUGUGCGUGUGUGCAUGUGUGUGUUGUCAAGUGUCUCCUCUUGGCUCUCGAUAUGCUUGGCUUACCUGUGGGUCCACUCUGCUCCUGAAACCUGCUGGAAUCCUUUGGUAAUCAAAGUCCUGCUUCUGUUAGGACCGCAGCUCCAUUCAACGGUGGGGCGCAUUGGAGAAUUUGCGGUGGGGUGCAUUUGACAGAAUCAUAAAUCAUCUGUAAACUCCAUGGGAAGAGAUCAGGGAAGGUUAUUAAUAACAACUGCUAUCCUUUGGAAACAUGCCUUAGAAACCCACAGUUUUGUAUUUGAGAUGUCCUGGGAUCUUCACAAAGGCCUGUGAGGUGCGCAGUCUACAUGGGAUCCUCAUUAAACCCGUUUUAAUGCUUAGGAAUUUUAAGUCAGUUUCCUAGGAUCACAGAGCUGUGAGCUUCUUUUCCUGGAUAUUUCACUCGAGGUAAACCAAAAAACUUCUGGAAAUAGUCCAGGAUCUUUUAUUUACCCCGUCCUGUGAAGUCCCUUCUCUCUGAGAUGACUAAAUGGACAGGAAUCAGAGAGCUGCUGUGAGGCCAGGCUUGUUCAACCAUUAUGUGGGAGUCUGCUUAGUCUGGUUAUAAUUUAUAUGAAUAUACACACAGACAUAGGCAUGCACACACACACAUAUGACUCAUGAGCCCACAUACACACAGAUGUGCAAACACAUACUACUACACACAUCAUAUGCACAAUAUCUACAUUCAUGUACACAUGCACACACAUGCACUUAUACACAUGCACAUGGUAUACACAUGCACGCACGUGUGCAUUUACAUGUUCAAAGUAACACACACAUUCAUAUGCAUAUAUAUGCACGAAGCACACCCAUAUACAAAAGCACACCUAUUUCUUGCACACACAUCUACACACCUGUUCACACACCUGUAUAAUUAGAGAUAUUCUCCUACAUGUACCAUAAAAGAGGGGCACAUGGAAUUACCAGAUAGAAUACUAGAGUGUGAAAGAAUAUAGAAGAAAAUUCCUGAAAUCGUUUGGAUUGUGCAGUGCCCCUGAGGUCAUUCAGCUGUAACCCGUAUUGAAAAUGUGACAUCCAUACGCCUGCUCUUAUCAAUCAUAUAUUUUAAGCAGAUGAUUUUUUUUUCCGGGGGGACCUAGAUGGUUUGGCUGAAUGCAAACCCCGAUCCUCAUAUCUGCGUGGGUCACUUAAAAAAAAACGUGAAUCCUCUUUGCAUUUCUGCACCCCUCCGGAAAGAUUGGGAAGUCUGGUACCCAGCACGCCACCAUGUCCUGAUUCUGGGCCGACACCGAACCCCAGCCUAAUUUUCUCAGUCUGAUGGACUGCCGUUGUCUCCAACCUCCUUAACCAAUCUGAAAACGAUCCUCGGUUCCUGUGUUUUGGAUCUUGUGACCAGACUAACUUCGCCAGUGCAGGGGUUGGUGUGUCUGCAUGGGGAAAUGCACUAAUAUGAAUGUUUUUCUUUGUGUGUGCAC